AUAGGCUCUUCUUUCCUCUGUGUUAAGCAGCCACCCCUUGCAUCAAGGCCAUCAGCCCCAGUGAGGGAUGGACCACAGGAGGGGCCACUGUCAUCAUCAUUGGGGACAACUUCUUUGACGGCCUGCAGGUCGUCUUCGGGACCAUGCUUGUCUGGAGUGAGCUCAUCACCCCCCACGCCAUCCGCGUCCAGACCCCUCCCAGGCACAUCCCUGGUGUGGUGGAGGUCACGCUGUCCUACAAGUCCAAGCAGUUCUGCAAGGGGGCUCCUGGAAGAUUUGUCUACACCGCCCUCAAUGAGCCAACCAUCGACUAUGGAUUCCAGAGGCUGCAGAAGGUCAUCCCCAGGCACCCGGGUGACCCUGAGAGGUUACCAAAGGAGGUAUUGCUGAAGAGAGCAGCUGACCUUGUUGAAGCAUUGUAUGGGAUGCCCCACAAUAACCAGGAGAUCAUUCUGAAGAGGGCAGCGGACAUAGCGGAGGCCCUGUACAGCGUUCCCCGUAACCACAACCAGAUCCCCUCCCUCGCCAACACAGCCUCCCACGGCAUGAUGGGAGUCAACUCCUUCAGCAGCCAGCUAGCCGUCAACGUGUCCGAGUCCCAGGGAAACGACCAGGGCUACAGCCGGAACACUAGCAGUGUGUCUCCACGAGGGUACAUCACCAGCAGCACCCCACAGCAGUCCAGCUACAACACCGUCAGUAACAGUAUGAAUGGCUACGGUAACUCUGGCAUGUCCAACCUGGGAGUGCCCAGCUCCCCUGGGUUCCUCAAYGGAUCCUCUGCCAACUCUCCAUAUGGAAUUAAACAAAAGAGCGCCUUCGCCCCUGUGGUCCGACCCCAGGCCUCCCCACCCCCUUCCUGCACCAGCGCAAAUGGCAACGGACUGCAAGGUGAGCCCCCCUCACCCCCUCAUCCCUUCCCUUCGGACUACUGGGCAGAUACCGCGGCUCAUGCCUCUGUCCGGUUUGCUAUGUCCGGUCUGGUUGUACCUCCAAUGUAAAUGCACUUUCAUCGUCUCAAGCACCAAUCUUCUCACCACGAUACAGGACACCCCUUUAUCACACAGCAAAGACACUGGCGUAAUCUAAAAUACUGAGGAUAUAGUCAACAUCUUAUUCUGUUUUUAAUGAAGAUAAAAACAUGAUUUUCUUUUAAAAGACUAUUUCAAGAGUUAAGAUUUGGACAUUUGGACAAAGCAUUUCAUUAGGAACUCAACAAUUGUAGCUUUUUUUGCUCAUUUUUUUCUCUCCAUUUGAUCAACCUGGAAGAAGACAAAGGACGAUGGAGUGUACGUUUUGCAUACCUAUCGGGUUGAACUUGGGCUUUGUCCAGUGAACCAUAUACUGGAAGAAACUCUGUGGACUCAUCAUUUGGUUUUAAUGUAAACACUGAUGUACAUUUACCUAUGAACUUGUUUGCCUCAGAAAAUGUUUUUUGUUUUAACUCUCUUUCAAUAGAUUCACAAUUGUGUGUCUUUAUAAUGUGACUUUUUUGUAUUUUUAUGUGUGAGAAAAUACAAUGGGGCCAAGAAGGUUUAAGAUUUUCAACUGGAAAAUAUAUGAGAUAUAUAAUGUAGAAAUCAAUCAUAAAAUACAGCAAAUGCAAGUAAAUGGGUGCGGCUGGGUGGGUGGGUAAGAUUGUGUCAUGUUUCAUUCAUACAUCUUAAAUUAAAUUAGUAAUUUAUUGUAGCUAGAAAUUCAUCUUCGAAAGUGAAAAUUAUCUUGGAUUCAACAAGUACACUGGCGUACGUAGAACGCCUGGCUAGAGCUUCCUUUUAAGCAAGUGUGUUUUGCCACGUUUAUUUUGACUUUUUUGCUAGCACUGUAUAUUAAUGCAUUCCUAGGCUACUGUGAAGUCUGUUUCUUGUUGAAGAGGGCCAUCCUCUUCCUUCUAGCUCCAAAUCCCCUUAUGUGUUUUAUAUGUGGUUAUAAACUUGUAGACUAUUGUGAUAUUGCCAAAAUUGUGCUAAAUAUUUAUGCAUCUGUCUUUUUUCCAUGUUAUUUUAGAUCAACAACAUUUAAAGCAAAAUUAAACUCCAUCUAAAAUGGAAAGUAGUUCAUUGUCAUAUUUCCGUUCCAAUACACACUUGCGCUCACUUGAGGGAAAUUUUGUAACAUAUCAACUAUAAAUAUUGUAUUUAUCUCUGAUAUUUUGUAUAUUGCUUUUCAUUAUGUAUGUAUUAAUUGUCAUGCCCUUAAUAGUGAUGCAGCACAGAAUUUCAGCCAAGAACUGUUGCCUUCAUGUUUUUUUUGUAUUUGAUAAAAUGCAAUGUCCAUAUAUUUCACAUGUAUCUUCAAAGUUUUGUUACUCUGUCAAGACUCUCUGUCCAUUUUUUAAAAGGGAAGUCAAACUUCAUUGUUUAUUUUUAUAUUGAUUUUAAAUUAUCUAUACAGACCAUUUUUGGAGAAAACUUUGUUGGUUGUAUUGUCAAAUAAAUAGUUUGUGACCCA